AUGCGCUUGGUUGGUACUCGGGUUCACGGAGGAGACGCCUCUCCAGAUGUCGGCAUCAAUUUCUUCUCGAUCUGGUUACUGAAUAUCGGAUUGGGGGCCGCCAUGGUAAAUAAUGCCGAAGUGGUUUCUUUAGGUCAAGUACCUGUGAUCAGCGGCCGGGUGGAAGGCCCGGUGUUGAAUCAGCUCAUCGAGUUUGUUUACGGUGAUUUGCAAGCGGCUCGACAGUGCACGCACAUCGAUGAUCUAGCUCAGUUUUAUAGGUCACGCGCAAUUCUGACACCGCUGAAUGUCAACGGCAAACUGCUGAAUUCAAUUUGUCUGCGCCGUUUGCCAGGACGAGAGGUUGUGGUCCGGGCGGUAGACGAAGUGCUCAGCGAUUAUGAAUUUUUUUGA